CCACAGCUUCAUCACAUUUCCAACGUUGAUGCAGCCCGAGACAGCCCAAGUCAGGCAGGAAUUAAAAAGAACUGAAAAGCGUGUGAUCACUACUUAUUCUCGAAGAGCAACAAGAAACUUGAAACUGUUCAUAGAUGGUUGACAUGGUGUCUGCCCCUCACUGGGGUUUAGUAAUGAGAGAGCUUUGUUUGGGCUGGGCACUGAGCCAUGUGACCAGCUGGGUCGCCCCCCUGCUGGGAGGGCAAGUACUUACUUUGUUUCUAAGGAUCUGGCAGCCGACAAGCAGAUCCUGUCAGGGACUUAGUCAUUACUGUGUCAAGCAGGCUUCGGAAGGAUUCCAGUGCAUCUGUCAAAACUGAUCAAUGUACUCAUCACUGAGGAAUUAUCUGUAUGUUUCUCAGGUUGUGAUUUGACCAGAAGUUCUUGAAUUAUUAUAUUAAACAAUAAUGGAUCCUGUCCAUGAACUUUUGUGACUUUGCUGCAGAAUAUCCCUUGGGUAUCCCUUUCAGAUCACUUAUUUUGUUGGCACUUUCUAUCCCAUCAUAUUGAACAGAGGUCAGGCCUUUUGGCCAUAGGAAGUUGUGCUAAGGAUGACAGUUCAGAUUUGGUGUACUGUUUGAUCGUUCAGUUUGGCAGUCAGUGGUGUGUGUUUGUGCUUCUCUGGUUCAACACCUCUGAUCUCUACCUGAGCGAGCCCCACAUUUCUUGGUUCUCUAUUCUUAGCCGUCAGUAAUCUCAGAGGAGGCCUCACAGAAUCACACUCACUGCUUUACGAAAACGAUUCAAAUCACAGGAUAAAUAAUGUUCCCUGUGGCGCAGUGUAACUGCCUAACAAUCUUAACUCCAACAAACUCUCCAGUCGGUGAUAUUUAACAUCCAUCCUUGUAAUUGAACAAAGCGGAUACGUUCAUAAACAAACUCGAUCACUUUCUUGGCCAGACUCAUGGACACAAACACACACCACCCUGUCAUACUCACCAGAUUAACAGUCAAUGCUACGCCCAGUCUGGUCAGGAGGUGGGUGUGUGUGUCUUUAAACCUUGAACCAAAGUAGUUCCAAAGUAGCUUAGCUGGGCUCCUUUCUGAAGCCAGAGGUGGACUAGCAGCAGCUCAAAAGCGCUCUGACGACGGCAGGAACAAACCAGGGACGGCUCCUCUUCCAGGACCUCUUCUGGACACGGCCUCUCAUGCUCAGGGGGAGGAAACAGGGCCAAGGGUUCGGACAUGUGUGUGGAUCAGGGCUGCUCCCUCCGCAGGGAGGCGGUCUGAGCCCCGGAGGUUCUCCUGCCGUGAUCCCGUGUCCCCGGCCGGCCGGCGGGUCCAGGGCCCUAUGGCUCACCCGGGGCAGGGCCCCUGAGCCCGGAGGCACGGCUGGGCGGAGGCUGGCAGGCAGGGGGGUGAGGGCUGCUCUCUGGAGGCGCCCUGCCACCCCCCCGAGGAAAAAGGAGGACAGUGAGAGGUACUCACGGCCCUCACGGAAACAUACCUCGAUCUCCGACGAUGAUGAACGCAUGUCUGUGGGCAGCCGGAGCAGUGUGAGGUCGGACCUAGACACUCUGGGAAGCUACGCUGCAGGGGGCUCCUCGUAUUCUCAGAAGAAGUCAAAGAAGAAGAAGAAACACAAACACAAAGACAGAGAUAGCAACGGCUAUGACGAUGGUUACAGUGCCGUAUCCAGCAGGAGCUCCAGACUUAGUGAUGACAGUAGGAUGUCUCGUGACGACAGCAGGGUGAUUCGCUCAUCCAAACUAGACUUGACGAGUUCCAGACUCAGUGAUGACAGCAGGUUGUCUCGCUCCUCCAGACUGGACCUCCAGCCGGCAGCCUAUGCUUCCUCUGACUUAUACAGCAGCAAUGGCCUGUCUUCCUCUAGACAACAAGGCUCUGCUUACAAUGGCUACCAGGCCUCCUUGUACGAGGACAGUCUGUACAGUGUGUCUCGGAGGGUCACUGGCUCCAACUCUCGCCCCUCAGAGUACAGUAGCUAUCGAGGCUCCAGAGCUUCCUCCAGGGCCAGCUCUGCCCGCGCCAGCCCAGUGGAGGACGGCGGCUCUGUGGCCAGCUUCUUGCGCAGCGCGGCCCCAGGGGGGGUCCUGCCCAGAGACCUGGACCAGCUGUCCAUCCCCAGCCUGUCAGACAACGAGGAUCGAGAUUACCUGGAAAAGGGUUCUCGAGCAGCUUCCACCCUAUCAGCAGCGACCCUCGCCUCGCUCGGUGGGACUUCCUCCCGGAGAGGAAGUGGUGAACUAUCUGCUGCUGAAACCGAGGUCUCCAUAAGAGAGAUCAAGGAGAUCCAUGAGCUGAAGGAUCAGAUACAGGAUGUGGAAUCCAAGUACAUGCAGAACCUCAAAGAAGUCAAGGACGCCCUGGUGGAGGUAGAGGAGAAGUACCGUAAAGCCAUGGUGUCCAACGCCCAGCUGGACAAUGAGAAGAACAACCUGAUGUACCAAGUGGACACGCUGAAGGACUCUCUCAUGGAGCUGGAGGAGCUGCUGUCUGAGUCGCGCCGGGAGUACGAGGACAAGGUCAAGGAGCACGAGAGGGAGAAGCAUGCUCACGGCGUGCUGCAGUUCCAGUUCACUGAGCUGAAGGAGACCCUGAAACAAAGCGAGGAGAUGCUGACUGAGAUCCGUCAGCUGCGAAUGAAGCACGAUGGUUUAAACCGAGAGAUCUCUGACCUCCAGGAGACAGUGGAGUGGAAGGAUAAAAAGAUUGGGGCCCUAGAGAGGCAGAAGGAAUAUUCAGACGCGAUCCGAAACGAGCGAGAUGAGCUCAGGGAUGAGGUGGUCCAGCUGAAGGACAUUCUAAAGAAACAUGGGAUUGUGCUGGGACCCGACCUGACCACCAAUGGAGAGAGUGUGGAGUCAGCGAGCGAGGGCUCGCUGGGUGUAGACCCAGCCUCUCGUCUGGCCCAGGACCCCCACACCCCCUCGGAGGGGAACAGCGUGCUGGGGAAAGCACGGGAGAUGCAGUUGGCAGGUAGAGGAGAUAAGGAGGUGGAUCCACCAGGGUCCAGACAGCGAGAAGAGACGCAGAAGGAGGAGGAGGGGGAGGAAGAGGAGGUUCUGACGCCCUCUGACCCCCGGGACCUGGGAGCCGAUCCCAGGACUGAAACAACCGUAGAGAAACAGCAAGGUUUACUCUCAAGAGAUUGUGAAGAUGCAGACGACCUCAACAAAGACGGUCGUAAUGAUUUUGCAGUUGCCAAUGUGAAAAGGGCUGGCUCCAUUGAGGAACAGGUGAUUUUGACAGAUCCUGAGCACAGUGUAGAAGUACAGGAAACAGAACACAGACUCGCAGGCGUAGAGAGGGGUGACGCAGGGGAGAUUAAGGGGAGUGAUGGGGAAGAUGACCCUAAGAAGGUCAAAGUGCAUUAUUUAGAGAGUCAGCCAGUGAGCAAAAGUGUUAACGGUUCAACAGAAACCUCCUCAGAGAAGCCCCCUGCAGUUGAGGACAAAACAAACAUAAAAGCAUCAAACAAUCCAGGAAAUAACCUUGAUGGAUCGCAUCAGAGGCAGGUCCAAUCAGACGCUGGGUCUCCAGAGGAGGUGGAGACAGCAGAGGUGGAUGUCCCGGAGGAACCAGACGUGACCUCCAGUCAGGCUCAACCCCAGGGCGGGAACGCCUCAGGCAGGAAGAAGAAGAAAAAGAAGAAGAACAAGAAGAAAAGGGGAGAGUCUCAGAACGAUGAAAAGCCAGGGGGCGACGCCAAGACCGGCGGAAAGAACGGGAAAGAGAACGAAGACGCGGGUAGCAGAGAGAAGCCGUCUGUGGUGGUUGAACUCCAACAGACUUCCACUGUAAUUCCAAAUGAAUCUCAGAUUAACCAAGAAAACGGUCAGAAAACUGUUUUAGAAGCCACGCAACAUCCCACACUGGACCCAGAGAACCCGGAUGCAGGAACUAAGGCAUCAAAGUCAAACUGCAGUACUUCUACUACGAGUUGUGUUGCCGAGUGCACACCAAACACGGAUCCUAAAGUGGAACCAGAAUUCACAACCAACCAGGAAGAUAUUAUAAUCCAGACAGCAUUGCCAGCAACCACUGAUAUUUUAAUAGAACAAUCAGAAUCCACAUCUCAGGUUGUGAACGAAGCAAAUGAGUCAAAACACCUAGACAGUAUCGGUGCUCUCGGAGACAAAUGUGAGUUGAUCACUGCCAAUACUGAAAACAAGGAGGUUGAAUUUGAGUCCCCAAUCGAAACUGACAUCCAUAGAGAGAAGUCCGAACACACAAGCAACCGUGAUGAAGUCGUAAAUGACCCAGAGACGUCCACUGACUCCAGAUGUCAGUUGGACAUUCAGCCGUCCGCAGAUGCUGUUUCAGCAGGUGUCAAAGAAGACAAUGUUUUGAGGGUCUCCGAUGCUGACCCCACAGAGACGAUGUUUCAAACUGUCGAAGAGGAACCAGCAACUGACUGUCAGACAUCUCCUAAACUCAGACCAGAGCUGGAUCAGAUAACGCUGGAAGCCUCAAGUGAUGUGGAUGAUCUCGUUAGCCCAGACCAUUUCAGUGCUAAAGCAACACUGGACUUGGAGAGGCUACCCCAUGAGGAACCAGACGGAAGCGACAGGGAGUCUGAAAAUGCCCCCGAACGUGACCUCACAGUCCAAGCAGAGGCAGAGGAGGACCACAACUCAGAUAACAACACAUCUCUCGAUGGCAGCUGCCUUAAUGAGACCGUGAGUGAGUCUGAGGUAUGGGGGGAUGUAUCUGGUGUGGUGUUGGACCCCCAGCUACGGGAGGAGAUGUGUGUGGCUGCCGGAGAACACGCCACCACAGACAGCAGCUCAGACAUGAGGGAGGGUUCUGCCACUCCAAGCGCCAAUGACGAGAAGGAUGAGACACGUUCUGGUUUAUCCUCGAGCGAAAACCGAGAGGAUUCCAGGAAGGACGUGAGAGAAGACGACAAGCUGAUUGUUCCACCCAAGCUGGAGAGCGAGGAAGAGGAGGAGGAGAAUACGAAAGGGCAAUCAUUUGACUUCGACGACUUGGAUUUUGAAAUUUCGGCAGACGACAAAUCUGAAACUCACCAAACAAACGUACACACGGAGCAGGUGGUCGUGUCAGAGGAGGUUGACAGUUGUAACAUGGAGCAAAGCCAAAGUAAAGCUGUUAGUCAAGAGUCAGACACAGACACAAGGCCACAGCUUCUAAGUCAGGAAAAUCCUGACUCUUGUCUGAGACACAACGAAGGGGAGCCUGAGGACCAGUCAACAGGACAGAGAGAUACUGUAGUGAAGGAGCAGGAAGCCAGUGGGCCAGAAGAAUGCCCAAGCCCAAAGCAAGAAGCCCAUAGCCCAGAGGUAGAGAACCAGGAACAGCUAGCGGCUUUCCCAGAACAAGUGAGAGAGGUGAAUGAACAGGGGAGCAUUCCAGAGGAGAGAGCAGGAUUGAUCAUCGAACAACAGGACGGUGCCCAAAGUGGAGGGGUGCAGAAUGAUGAGCAUACUGUUGUGGUGGAGGAAGGAGUGGAAGCUAUCGAUGAUGGGCUGCAGGCUGAGAGGUUAGGUUGCCAGAACACAGGGGAGCCAGUAGUACAGAACUAUGAGCGUUCUAGGAAAGGAUCUAAAAGCAGCAGCAGCAGCAGCAAGAAGGGGAAGGGCAAGGGGAAAGAGGACUGUAAGAUGUCCUAGUCAGGACCCAGAUACAUACCCUUUUUUUAAUAUACAUGUAAUUCCGGUUUGGGCUUCAAACGAAAACAAUAAUAGAGGUCAGAACCACUUCGAAGUGAUUGUAAGGUCAUAGGCCGGACGAUUUGAAUUAUUUUCAGACUUUUUGAGACAGUUAAUCUGUAAAUACUUGUCUGUAAAAGUUAUGUCAUGGAUACUAAGAUGACAUUGUACUGGUUGCUUCAAAGAACAUGCUGUAUUUAUUUUGUGGAAUUAGUUAGCAAAUUAGCUACCAUAUUUAUCAUGCAUCAGUACAUAUUGCACCAUUUUUACUUCAUACUCUUACAACACGUAACUAAUUGACUUUUUGGAACAAAUGGUUGUGUAUAACAUCUAGGUAGAAGUAUUAGAUAAAUCGCCAACAAGUCUAAAAUCUUGUGUUGCUGACCACACAGUUCCAGUUGUCAAAGGAAGCAGGUGAUUGUAUACUGAGAAGUUCUAUUGUAAUCCAGUGUUGUCAGAAUAUAGCAAUUAGGCUUUUUAUGAACAGUAAUCCUUCCUCAUCGCAUUGGGGGGAAAACGUCACAGGAAAUUCACUUCAGCCAAUUAUGUAUGUGUUGGAUUUGUCUAAUUGUUGUAUUUGUUUUUGAUUCUGUUUGAUGCAACUAAAUAAAUAUCAGGUUCUAAAUGGG